CAUCGCCUUCAGCCUGCUCUCGGCCGGCCGCAUCCCGCUCUGGGGCGGGGUCCUCAUCACCAUCGUGGACACCCUCUUCUUCCUCUUCCUCGACAAGUACGGACACCCCCAGCCGGAGGCGUUCUUCGGCCUCCUCAUCACCAUCAUGGCCCUGACCUUCGGCUACGAGUACGUGAUGGUGAGGCCGGCGCAGCUGGAGGUGCUGCGGGGCAUCUUCCUGCCCUACUGCCCGGGCUGCGGGCGGGAGGAGCUGCUGCAGGCCGUGGGCAUCGUCGGGGCCAUCAUCAUGCCCCAUAACAUCUUCCUCCACUCCUCCUUGGUCAAGACCCGGGCCAUCGACCGGUCCAAGAAGGAGGAGGUGCAGGAGGCCAACAUGUACUUCCUGACCGAGUCCUGCCUGGCGCUCUUCAUCUCCUUCCUCAUCAACCUCUUCGUCAUGGCCGUCUUCGGCGAGGCUUUCUACCACCAGCGCAACGAGGACGUGCACAACAAGUGCGCCAACAGCAGCGUCAGCCGCUACGCCGGCAUCUUCCCCGUCAACAACGCCAGCGUCUCCGUGGACAUCUACCAGGGGGGUGUCAUCCUGGGCUGCUACUUCGGGGCGGCGGCGCUCUACAUCUGGGCCGUGGGGAUCCUGGCAGCGGGACAGAGCUCCACGAUGACGGGGACCUACGCGGGGCAGUUCGUCAUGGAGGGCUUCCUGCAGCUGCGCUGGUCCCGCUUCGCCCGCGUGCUCUUCACCCGCUCCCUCGCCAUCCUGCCCACCCUCUUCGUGGCCGCCUUCAGGGACGUCAGCCAGCUGACGGGCAUGAACGACCUGCUCAACGUCCUGCAGAGCCUCCUGGUGAGGGGGGGGGGGCACCCCGGGACCCCCCGCGCCCCCCCCCCC